UUCCCUUGCACGCAGGUGUAAAACAGCCUGGAGUGUUCAGGGAACUCCCAGUGGGUGUGUAUGCAAGAGGGCAAAGAGGAGAGACUGGUUGCUGGGGGUCCAGGCACCAGGGACCACUGAAGGGGAGCGUCCAGCAAGGUUUUGGGUGAUGGGAUUGGCUGGGUAGAACUUGCCUGCGGUAUGGGGAGUGAUUGGCAUGAGAGGAGUUGCUGGUUCCCCCCCCGAUUGUAGAUGAGGCAUGGAAAGGAGAUGGACUGGAGGGGAGGCUGCUGCCAAAUGUGGACUCUUCUUCAUGUGCCCCAAAGGAUUCAAGUGCUGUGGUGACAGCUGCUGCCAAGAAUACGAGCUCUUCUCCAGUCCCCUGAGGAUCUUCGUCAUCACCUUCCUCAUCAUCUUUCCCCUUUUGUGCAUCUGCUGCCUGGCUAAGCGGUUCUGUCGCAGCUGUGGAGAACCAGAGCAGGACCCCCCAGUGGAUCACCAGGGGCCCCCGGAGCCGCCCUCCAUUGCCCCCACAGAGAGGGUCAGGACGUCUACCUUUGACCCCCCGCCCCCCUACAGCGAGAUUAUUCUGAAACCUGUCCUGCCCCCCAUGGAGCCGCCCCCUCCCUACAGCUUCAGUCCUGAAGAAUAUGCCAGGGUGCCCAGGGGCAUCAACAACCCAGCCUUCUGAGCCCCCCAGCCGCCUGCCUGCAGAGACUCCUGGGACUCCUGUGAUGUCCCCACCUGUCCUGCCACGUCUCUGGCUGUUCCUGGUUUUAACUUAUUGCUUUUCCUAUCCCGGUUCCACCUCCGCUGCCUCUCUGGUCAGGAGCAGUGGUCUGGAGGGUCAGCAUCCGCCCCACCCCCACCCCCAAUCCCAUGUCAGAGGCUGGUGGGAGGAGCAUGUCAGGUACCUGACAGUGGGACGCGCUAUGCUCAGGUAUGGAGAGGACCCUGUUUCUGGGGGAUACAGACAUCUUCGACUGGGCAGGCAGCUCUGAGAUCUUCUAGAGGGCACUUCUGUUCCUGGGAGACUUGACUGCAUCGGUUCUAGAGAAGACCCCAUUGUGCCCCCCCAAUCUGUGUACUCACUAAAUUUUAACUGAUUGUCA